AUGAAGACUCACGUGUUUCACAGAUGCAUUGCCUGCCGUCAUAGUAAAAUAAAAUGUACCGGCGAUGCGCCGUGUGCCAACUGCCAGCGGCGUGGACUGCGGUGUGAGUUUGUGGAGGGAGUCAAUCGGGUUGUGGUUUCUGAGAGAUAUCUUCGACAGUUGGAGAAAAAGGUCGAAGAACGUCGGCAAUUUGCUGGUGUUAGAAGCCCUCCAGAGUCGCCGUUCGAGUCGCAGACUAGGUCCAAAGACACAAGCACAGCGGAUUCUGCAGGAAUACUUUCUCAUUCAAUGGAAGAGUCACUACAAGGCCUCGGUUAUGCACAGAGUAUCUGGACUAGUCCCUUUACCUUGCCUUCGACGACCAUCCGGAACACCCAGCAAAACAAACGGACUUGGAUUUGGCUAGCUCCAUCCUCAAUGUGGUCCUUCACGACUCGAUUAGCCAUUAUGAUGACAGAGAAACUACAGCUCAAAAACCUGCAUGGUGCCCCUACGUCUUCAGAGAAGGAGAGCUAUCCUAUUCGAUGGGAGGCUUGUCCAGCCGAUAAAACCCCCGAUAUAAGUGGCCUGCCAUCCCUGGAUCACGCGCUUUAUCUUUCCGAGACAGUUAAAUUCCACCUAGGGCAAAGUUACCGCCUGUACAAUGAAGAUGAAUUUAUCCACAACGUGCGGGAAUUCUACUAUGGGAACUCUGCAAAAAUGGCGACCGAGCAACGAUUAUGGUUUAUCCAGUUUCUGUUAGUUUUGGCAUUUGGAACCGCCUUUCUUCACCGGUCAAAAAGAUCCAAAGAUCCCCCUGGAUCGAAGUUUUUCAUCCGUGCGAUGUCCCUGAUGCCCGAUCACGCCCCGUUAUGGAAGGGAAGUCUACUAGCAAUUGAAGCCUUAGCUAUGGCUGGGUUAUAUCUAUACUCGAUCGACCAAAGAGAGUCGGCACAUAUUUAUGUUCGCCAAGCGAUACAAAUCGCACAAUUCGAAGGCCUACAUACUCACCUACCGGAGGAGCAGCUCGGUGCGGAUACUGUUUCCCGAUGCCGUGAUCUGUGGUGGACCUUAUACAUUCUGGAUCGGCAUUUUUCAUACUCCGUCGGGCUUCCGAUGAUGACACAGGAUAGCGAUAUCAGUACCCCGAUCGAUCCUCCGAGCACAUGCUCGCAUCGCGACAUUGUCAUGAGCCUGCAGGCCAAGCUAAUAUUCUCCCCAGCCGUGUACAAAACCGAAAAAGCGCAACUCGGGGCAUUUCUCGACAUGACCAGGUCUAUCCUACAUACAUUAGCUGGACAUGCCCAGGAAGUGGAGAAGAUCAUUCACGUCCGGUUCUCGAAUUCCGUUGAUACAAUGCCCAAAGGAACACGACAUAUCACAUUGCUGUACCACCAGUGUGUAAUCGUCGCAACGAGACCACUUCUCCUUUCUGCCCUCAUUGAGCGACUAGAAAAUCUCGAUCACGAGAGAGAAUACUGGCAAUCCUUCCUAGCUCUUACAAAAACCCUGAUAUCGAUCGGAAUUAAGUCCGCCGUCAAAAUGCUCCAAAUCCUAUCCAAUGACGAUAACCUUCUUGAAAUCUUCCUCCCCUACGACCUCGAAUUCACCUACGCCGCCGCCCUCCACCUGGCAAUGGCAAACGCAGUCUUCCCCCAAGCCCUAGACGGUCAGGCCUACCUUGAAGAAGCGCACUGCAUCCUCGACGAAAUGAUCUCCAACGGAAACAAAGUGGCCGAGGUCCGGAAGACAGAGCUCGUGCAUCUCGAAACCCUGUUUGAGGAAUUAGCCUCCCGAGUAAAGUCCCACGGACUCCAGCCUCUGACGCUAGUGAGCCCAACCGGUCCAGAUACUGUGACUCAACCCCAGGACAUGGAAGAGGAUGGAGAGGGAGAGACGGUUACUGAUAUUGGGGUUUGGGAUCUUCCGAUCCCUGGGGACUCGCUUACUUCGCAUCCGGCUGAUAUGCAGAUGUCGAGUGUGGAGUUGCUUAAUAAUAUUGGGAUCUCGUCUUCGGACUUUCUGUACAUUGUAGAUCAGAUUGGCAAUCUGGAUGUUCCGUAUAGCACUUUGGAUCUUGGACGGGGCGGAGGGGGGAUAGAAUGA